CUAAGAUUCUGUUCUGUGCAAUCGCUCAUGGUUUUUAACUGAAGAAAAAUAUACAGAGAAAGAGAGAGAGAGAGGUUUACUGAAACCGCAGCCAUCGGUUAGGGUCGGGGGAGAGAAAAAGGCAUUUGAAAUCGAUGUCGUCUCGUCCAUUCGACGACGAUGGCUACAUAGGCUACGACCCUCGCCUCGCUUCCCAGCGAUUCGAGUCGUACUCAAACUUCGAAACCGACUCGGUCAAGGACUCGGUUGCUGAUUCCCCUCCGAUGUUCAACAAUCAAUCAUACGGUACUGGAGAUGACGUCUUCGUAUCUCAACCGAUGCCGGAAACACCUUCUCCACCGCCGAUCUACGGUAGUGGUGGCGGAUACUCUGCUUUCUCAUCGGAGCAGAACGGGAAGGGAUUCAACGGAGAGUUUGGAGGACUGGAUGGUCCGAUCCUGCCUCCACCUGCAGAUAUGGAGGCAGAGGAAGGCUUUGCUUUGAGAGAGUGGCGCAGACAGAACGCGAUGCAGCUAGAGGAGAAGGAGAAGAAAGAGAAGGAGAUGUUGGAGCAAAUCAUAAAGGAAGCAGACGAGUACAAAGUUGAAUUCUAUAGGAAGAGAAGCACUGCUGUUGAAAAUAACAAAGCCUCCAACAGGGAGAAGGAGAAGUUAUUCUUGGCAAGCCGGGAGAAGUUCCAUGCUGAAGCUGAGAAAAACUACUGGAAGGCAAUUGCAGAACUUAUCCCACAUGAGGUGCCAGCUAUAGAGAAGAGGGGGAAGAAAGAUAAAGAGAAGAAACCUUCCAUUGUUGUGAUCCAGGGACCUAAACCUGGGAAGCCAACUGAUCUCUCAAGAAUGCGUCAGAUACUUGUCAAGUUAAAGCACAAUCCCCCUCCCCACAUGAAGCCCAAACCGCCACCACCAGCAGAAGCCAAGAAAGAUGCUAAAACCGGUACUCCUGCUCCCCCUGUGGCCCCUGGUGCUGGUCCCAGUGCUGCUCCCCCCAAGACAGCAGCUGCAACUACUCCCAAGACCGUUGCUGCUGCUUGAGAAUGAAGCUGCUGAGUAUCCAUGUCACAAGUAAAUUAGUGUGAUUAAACUACUUUUUUGUAUAAUCCUCUACUUUCUGUUCGAAGGUUCUUCUGGUUGCCGGUGUUCUGUGUUGGUUUGUCUUUAUGAAUCAAAACCUCUUUGUUUUUGGGCCCUGGAGAUAUAUCUUGUCUAAGUUAUCCCCUUGCCUUAGGCCUUCUUCUUGUCUAGUCUAGGUUCAUAUUGGUUUA